AUGAAGAGGAGGAGAAUCGAGAUGAAAAAGAUCGACAACAGGGCUGCAAGACAGGUGACUUUCUGUAAGAGGAGGGGGGGACUGUUUAAGAAGGCUAUGGAGCUCUCAACUCUCUGCGAUGCUGAAAUUGCUCUCAUUGUCUUCUCUUCUACUGGAAAGCUCUUUGACUACGCCAGCUCAAGUAUGCAGCAGGUGAUUGAAAGACAUAAUUUGCAUUCAAAGCAUCUCAGCAAAAUGGACAAACCAUCUAUGGAGCUGCAGCGUGCCAAUAGUACCAACACUUUGUUGAGCGAUGAAAUCGUGGGGAAGGCUCAUGAACUAAGGCAGAUGAAGGGAGAAGAGCUCCAAGGAUUGAAUAUAGAGGAACUACAGAAACUAGAGCAACUUCUCAAAGUAGGCUUGAGCCGCGUUUCAAAUGCAAAGGGAGCCCAACUGAUGGAGGAUAAUCAGCGACCAACACAGUGCAUGUAAUUGAACAAGGCCAAUCAUCUUAGUCAAUGACCAAUAAUACUUGCAGGUCAGCUGAUCCUCCUCAACACCAAGACAUCGUCAAUUCUCUCAAGUUGGGGGGUUACCUUUCCCGAAUUGAUUUUGAAAGAUAAAGAAAGUCAAGAGUACAUGGAGACGCUUAAUUUUCUCUAUUGAAAAACAAGCACGUCUAAGUAAAACCCAGCUAACUCUUGAUCAAAAUAAAUUUUAGUUUCCGCAAGUUGAUCAAAAUAAAGUCCCACAUAUGUAUAUGGUGAUCAGCCAUGGAUGCUUGAUUUA